GACGGCAUGCACCGCCGACCUCUCGUUGUCCGCACCGUCCACCAACCCAGGCGUCGUAUCAACAGAGAAGCAGAUGCCUGAAUUGUGAGCAGGCCAUCACUGAACCUUCCUGCACGUUUUCAUGGACCACAGCUCUGUCAACUGGAUGGGCGGAUCGCCCCUGAACCGCCUAUCGUGGCUGCGGACCUCGCACGCAUUCCUGAACGCAGUCGCGCUGUCUGCCGCAACAAGAUGGAUCGUGCUCAAGGACGGACAGCCUCUCCUCGUACAGCACACCGUCACGGCGGACAAGCGACCCCUCGCUCGGUUAACCACUGCGGACGUCAGGUCGCUCCUGGGCGCGGAGCCCUUCUUUGCGCAAGGCCGCCUCGAGAGCGAGGUUGCGCCGGCUGAUGUAGCCGUCCUCGAGGCAGCCCGCUUCCACGGGCCCCCCAUCGUCUUUCUGGGCCUCCACGAGCCGCAGACGGGCGAAGCCGACGCGCUGCCGUCGUCCGACUUCAGCGCGAAGAGCUCAGAGCCCGGACGGGUCGUCGCGAACAUCAAGGGCACCCCCGUGUUCGCGCUCGACGUCAGCAAGGUCCCGCAGCAACUCCUGGACGGCGUGUUUCAGAACACGGAGGCCGCAAAGUCCGGGGCGGGAUUGGCGUUCUCUGAGCCGCGGGUGGCGAUGAAUGGCUUGGACGCGUUCGAGGCCGCUGUCUUCGCGGAGGCCAGGAGCAUGGUCGACUGGAAUGCACGCAACAAGUUCUGUCCGUCGUGCGGAUCGCCCGUGUACUCGCUUUGGGCUGGCUGGAAGCUAACCUGCACAUCCCUCCUUCCGUGGGCCGAGAACGCGGGGAAGGAGCCGUGCCAGACUGCGAAGGGCCUGCAUAAUUUCGCGCACCCGAGAACGGACGCUGUCGUCAUCAUGGCCAUUGUGGACGAGUCGGGGGACAAGCUCUUGCUCGGCAGGAACAAAAAAUGGCCAGGCAAGUUCUACUCGGCCCUCGCCGGCUUCAUCGAGCCAGGCGAGUCGUUCGAGGACGCUGUCAAGCGUGAGAUCUGGGAGGAGGCUGGCGUGCGCGUUUGGAACGUGCAGUACCACUCUACGCAGCCGUGGCCCUACCCUGCAAACCUCAUGGUCGGGUUCUACGCGACGGCGGAUUCGUCCGCGCUGCUGCGGACAGAUUUGGACAACGAGUUGGACGACGCAAAGUGGUACACCCGCCAGGAGGUCCUCGACGUGCUGAGCCAUGCGGAAGGCACAAACAUCACUCGCAGCGACCAUCGCAAGCUGGCUGCCGCGCAGGAGGAUAAGGGCCCCGCCGUGAGUCGCAACAACGCUAAUGCCCUCGCAGGCGACGCUGUGACGGACGAGGAAACGAAGAAGGCGAGGGCGGAGGCACCAUCUGAAGUACCGUUCAGGGUCCCUCCGGUCACUGCAAUCGCGGGGGUACUCAUCAGCGAGUGGGCGUACGGCCGUGCGGGGCCUCAGCCAGGACAUCAGGGUCAGACGAGACUUUGAAUUGGAGCUGGUGGUGGAUAGAACGCAAUGUAAACGGAUUGUAUCGCGUCCUUGUUAUGAAACAUCAGUAUAUCAUUAGAUGGUUGUAGAAUAAGUAUGCCCAUGUUUGGACCAUGUGUACGCUAUGUUCUUGAAAGUGAGAGCCUGCAUUGGGUGUGUCGGCAUAGCAGGUCAGCCUGAGAACGCGGACGGCGCAAUC